GUCCUUCCUCAUUGACGCCUUCACCUAUUUGGCGGGUGGCCUCCGCCACAACCUCACUAUGAACUCGCCGCUGAAGGCGAUUUGUUUCAACGUCGUCUUAGCGUGCCUGGCUCGUCUCAUUGUGCGGCCGACCGUCGAGGCGGAGGGCAGCGGCUUCCCCGAGAUGAAGGCCAUGCUGUUCGGAAAAGUGCUCUUCAACUUCCUGACUUUCCGGGUGUUGGUGUCCAAGGCCCUGGCGCUUUCUCUAGGGGUGGGAGCCGGUCUCCCCCUGGGCAAGGAGGGUCCCAAUGUCCACCUGGCUGCCUGCGUCGCUCGUGUGAUCCACCCCUCCUUCUUCGAGAAGCGGGUGCACAGCAGCCACGGCGCGCACGGCGCCGGCGGCAGCGGCGUUGGCUCGGCCGUCUCAAAGUUGCUGCUAGCGGCCUGUGCCGUGGGCGUUGGUGCAUCGUUUUCUGCUCCGAUUGGUGGCGUCAUCUUUGCCCUGGAGCUUAUGCUGCCACAGACCUACGAUGCAUUUGCAUACUGGGGCUGCUUCACCGCCGGCAUCAUCGGUGCCAUCACCUAUGCCGUUGAAAGGACUCUGACAAGCGGAGGUGCAGAGAUCUUGCCCUUGAUCAGCUCCAAC